AUGAAGAACCAGACCGCAGCCACUUCAGCUGGCUUCAUCCUCUUGGGCUUCUCCACCCACCCAGCAGCCCAGCUGGGCCUCUUCCUCCUGUCAUUACUCCUCUUCCUCCUGAUCCUGCUUGGGAACCUGACCAUCGUGCUGCUGGCCUGGACGGACUCUGUCCUCCUCUCUGCCCCUAUGUACUUCUUCCUGGGUCACUUCUCCCUGCUGGAGAUGGGCUUCACCUCUAUCACCGUCCCCAAACUGCUGACCGACAGCUUCUCCUCCUGCCACCUCAUCUCCUUUGCAGGCUGCGCCACUCAGACCUUCUUCUUCAUCGCCCUGGGCAGCACGGAGUGUGCCCUGCUGGCCGUCAUGGCUUACGACCGCUACGUGGCCGUGUGCCGCCCGCUGAGAUACCCGCAGGAGAUGCGCCCGGAAGUGUGUGCCCAGCUGGUGGCGGGGGCCUGGCUCAGUGGCUUCUUCAACUCCACUAUCCACACGGCCGCCGUCUUCCGACUGUCGUUCUGCGGCUACGCGUGCGAGGCCGUGGUGCUCACGUUUGGGAGUGUCUACGGCCUGACUGCCAUCCUGGUCACGCUGGCCUCCUACGCCCGGGUGCUCUUCACGGUGCUGGGCAUGGGCUCCACUCCGGGUCAGUAUCGGGCUUUCUCCACCUGCAGCUCCCAUCUGGCUGUGGUGGGGCUGUUUUAUGGCUCUGCCUUUUCCACUUACGUGCAGACCGUGUCUGCAUGCCCAACUUCCCAGGUCUUGCUGCUUCCUUUCUUUUAUGCUCUGGUCACACCAACCCUGAAUCCCUUCAUCUACAGCCUGAGGAACAGAGAGGUGAAGCAGGCACUGAUCAGGACCCUGGGCAGAAAGAACAUGCACAUCACUGCCCAGAUCAUCUUAAAACACCCUUCCACACAUGUCUCUUCAACUUCCUCAAAACCUCCAAAGGCUACCAGUUUCUACAUCAAGCAUAAACUCCUUACCACCGGCUCUAAGGCUCUCCACCACUUUCACCAUCUCAUAGAAAGGAUUUCCGAAAAGCUUGGAAAUGAUGGAUUGCUGGCAGAAGGAGGCGAUUUCAAGUAG